AUGGAGCCGGAAUCGUUCGUCGAUAAGAUAGAAGAGAAGUUCCACGACCACAACUCCGAUUCCGAUUCCUAUUCAGAUUCCGAUGAUGGCAACAACAACAAGAAAAGCAACAGGCCGCUGCCGCCGGCCAAAGCAAAGGUUUACCGCCUCUUCGGCCGCGACCAGCCCGUCCACAAGGUCUUGGGCGGUGGAAAACCUGCUGAUAUUUUCCUUUGGAGGAACAAGAGAAGCUCAGCAAUUGCUCUAGGUGCUGGCACUGCCUUGUGGUUUUUCUUUGAGAUGAUGGAAUACCACCUGAUCACUCUGGUUUGCCACUUUUUGAUUUUUUCUCUGGCGAUCCUUUUCUUGUGGUCCAAUGCAUCUGUCUUUAUCCACAAGUCUCCACUGCACAUCCCGCUAGUUGCAGUUCCUGAGGAAUGCGUUCUCGUGGUUGCUUCUGCUUUGAGAAUUGAAAUUAACCGAGCCUUCGUUGUUUUACGGGAAAUUGGAACUGGGCGAGAUUUAAAGAAGUUCCUUAGCGUUAUUGCUGGAUUAUGGGUUAUCUCGGUUGUUGGGAAAUGGUUCAACUUCCUAACCUUGUUUUACUUAUUCUACGUAUCACUGUUCACAUUGCCACUGGUGUAUGAGAAGUUUGAAGACCAGGUUGAUGCAUUAGGUGAGAAGGCAAUGAUUGAGAUCAAGAAGCAAUAUGCAGUGUUUGAUGCUAAGGUUUUGAGUCAGAUACCAAUAACGGGGUUGAAAAAGGAUUAGAAUACAUCAUCUGUCAGGUUACUGUUGACAGUGGGAUGACUGUUUUGAUCAGAUGUCAAUUUUCUAAGUCUUUUUCUAUUUGUUUUUUGUGUUUUUAUUCUUUGGUCAG